AUGAGGAAAAAAGGACGCCCGCCGACAGACUGGGACAAGGAGAUGAAGAAGACCUGCGGGGAAACAGCCUGGAAGAGAGUAGCAUUGGAGACAAAAGAGUGGAAACGGAUGAGACAGGUUCAUUGCCUGGAUAUUAAGUCAAGUGCUCCUUCCAAGGUGAAACGGAAUCCUGAAAUAGCUAUCCAGUCCUUGAGGGACAUUACAGGUGUGUGGUCCAUCGAAUGCCCUCAUCCCUCAGGCAAACGGGCCGCGGGGACUGUCCACGGCUACCAGCGAACAAAAGGAGCAGUACAACAUUACCUGGAUACGGAAGGAGUACCUUAUUAG